UCUUCUUUUGGCGCCACGGGGCAGACACAGGCCAUGAGAAAUUUCCCGGCGGCGCGGAACAUGCGCGCCACUUCCGGUCGGGCUCCUAACAACGGGGGAGGCUGGUAACCAGGGAGGGGGGGAUGGCGGAGCGGGCGCCGGAGCCCGGGGCGGAGGCUGAGGCGGGCGCAGGCGGGGAGGCAGCGGCCGAGGAGGGCGCGGCGGGCCGCAAGGCGCGCGGCCGGCCGCGGCUCACGGAGUCGGACCGGGCACGGCGGCGGCUCGAGUCCCGGAAGAAGUACGACGUGCGGCGCGUGUACCUGGGCGAGGCGCACGGGCCCUGGGUGGACCUGCGGCGCCGCAGCGGCUGGAGCGACGCCAAGCUCGCCGCCUACCUCAUCUCGCUGGAGCGCGGCCAGCGUUGCGGCCGCCACGGGAAGCCUUGGGAGCAAGUCCCCAAAAAGCCAAAGCGGAAGAAAAGGCGACGACGAAAUGUGAACUGCCUGAAGAAUGUGGUGAUCUGGUAUGAGGACCACAAGCACCGCUGCCCGUACGAGCCACACCUUGCCGAGCUGGACCCCACCUUUGGCCUGUACACCACAGCCGUGUGGCAGUGCGAAGCCGGCCACCGCUACUUCCAAGACCUGCACUCACCCCUGAAGCCACUCAGCGACUCAGACCCCGACAGUGACAAAGUGGGCAAUGGCCUGGUGGCUGGCAGCUCCGACUCCUCUGGCUCUGGCUCUGGCUCUGGCUCUGGCUCUGACUCUGAGGAGCCCCCUGAGGGCCAGCCGGCUAAGGCCUCGGCAGCAGCGACCCCCACCAGCCCGGCGGGCAGCAUUGGCCUCAUCACGCAGGAGGGCAUGCAUAUCCCCUUUGAUGUCCACCACGUGGAGAACCUGGCUGAGCAGGGCACCCCCCUGUGCCCCAACCCAGCAGGCAGUGGGCCCGAAGCCCUGGAGACGGUGGUGUGUGUGCCAGUGCCCAUGCAAGUGGGUGCAGGCCCUGGCACCCUCUUUGAGAACGUGCCCCAGGAGGCCCUGGGCGAGGUGGUGGCCAGCUGCCCCAUGCCAGGCAUGGUGCCCGGUUCACAGGUGAUCAUCAUCGCAGGCCCAGGCUAUGACACCCUCACAGCUGAGGGCAUCCACCUCAACGUGGCAGCGGGCAGCGGUGCCGCUGGCAGCAGUCUGGGUGAGGAGGUGCCCUGUGCCAUGAUGGAGGGUGUGGCGGCCUACACCCAGACGGAGCCUGAGGGUAGCCAGCCCAGCACCACGGACAUCGCCACCACGGACACCGCUACCACGGCAGGCAUCGAGACCAAGAAAGAGAAGGAGGACCUGUACAUGCUCAAGAAGGAGGAGAAGGAGGAGUCAGUGGCCCCAGAGCUGGCAGAGCUGGUGGCAGCAGUGCCCGAGAGCACAGAGCCAGAGGCAGAGGCCGACGGGGAGGAGCUAGACGGCAGUGACAUGUCUGCCAUCAUCUACGAGAUCCCCAAGGAGCCUGAGAAGAGGCGGCGGAGCAAGCGGUCGCGGGUGAUGGACGCUGAUGGCCUGCUCGAGAUGUUCCACUGUCCCUACGAGGGCUGCAGCCAGGUUUACGUGGCCCUCAGCAGCUUCCAGAACCACGUCAACCUCGUGCAUCGGAAAGGGAAGACCAAAGUGUGCCCUCACCCUGGCUGCGGCAAGAAGUUCUAUUUGUCCAACCACCUGCGGCGGCACAUGAUCAUCCACUCAGGUGUCCGCGAAUUCACCUGCGAGACGUGCGGCAAGUCCUUCAAGAGAAAGAACCACCUAGAAGUCCACCGGCGCACGCACACGGGAGAGACGCCCCUGCAGUGCGAGAUCUGCGGCUACCAGUGCCGGCAGCGCGCGUCGCUCAACUGGCACAUGAAGAAGCACACGGCAGAGGUGCAGUACAACUUCACGUGCGAGCGCUGCGGGAAGCGGUUCGAGAAGCUGGACAGCGUCAAGUUCCACACACUCAAAAGCCACCCGGACCACAAACCCGCCUGACCCACCUGACCACUGACCGUUCCUAUUUAUUUGUCCGCUUGGAUACCUCACCCGGGCCUGCCGGUGCCUGGACAGCCGCGGGGACUCCGAGACCGCGGGCCGGAAGGAGGUGUCCCGCCCCGCCCCAGGACUGGGCCCCCUGGGCAGGUCCCCCUGCCCUACCCCAUCCCACCUCCGGAGCUGGCGCCUGGGGCUGCACGGCUUGAACUGUGUCAAGAGAGCAAAUGAGAUUAAAGAGUGAGAAGGGAGA